AUUGUUGCUGAAUUGAUUCUGGAAUUUUCAGGUGUUGCUACUAAGAUUUGCAUCAUUAUCUCUAUUUUUGUUAUGGUUACCACCUCUGAUUUCCCCACUGUUACUGCUUUCAGCUACCUUGUAGCAGCUGUUGGAUUACAGAUCAUAUGGAGCCUUGUACUUGCUAUAGCUGAUGUAUAUGCAAUAUUGGUGAAAAGAAGUUAUAGAAAUGCAACAGUUGUCAGUCUAUUUGUCGUUGAUGAUGGGAUCACUUCUACUCUUACAUUUGCUGCCGCCUAUGCAUCAGCUGGAAUUACAGUUCUUAUUAGCAAUGAUCUUGACAAAUGUAAAGUGAACCACUGCACGAGAUUUAUGUCAGCUACAACAAUGGCAUUUUUAAGCUGGUUUGCAACAUCACCAUCCUUUUUCGUGAAUUUUUGGUUUCUGGCUUCCCCAUAGAUGCAGUUCCGUACGCCUGCAAAAGGGACUAGGGGAAGGCUCUUACUCUGCCUGUGCAGUGUUUCUAUUUGCAAUUACUAACAGAAGAUCCUAAUAUGAGACUUGGAGCUGGAGGAGCAUCAGAGGUGAAGCUGCAUCCAUUUUUUAGAGAUAUUCACUGGGACACACUUGCUAGACAAAAGGUGUCGAAAAUGAAGAAAGGGAAGGAGACAGUGAAGACGUUGAUCUUACUUGAGAAGAUCUUUUAUGAAGCUUUCUACAUGUUCUAAGAAUCUUUUUGCUGGCGAACAUUUUGAAACUUAUCCUAAAUCUUGAAAUGUAAAACUUAAUUAUGCAUUUUGGGUUGAACAUUUUGGUUUUACGGGUAUAUAUGUUGGAUUAGGAAUGUUGGAUAUUUUGGAUUAUGAAAAAUUGUGUUUUCUGAUUUA